AUGACAACUCUGGUGCCGGCUGCGAUUUCUUCGGCCGAGGCGGCAGAGUCGUCGACCGCGAGGACGACGCAUUUGGUGGCGCCAGCAGCAGCAGCAGCAGCAACGGCGGAGGUGAUCGCGGCGCCGCCGCAGGUUGUGUCGACAACGGCUUCCAUUUUGCCGCUGGCGUCCGACACCACCGAGGAGAUCGUGGCCAUCUCUCAGCAGAUCCGCCGAGCCCUGGAAUGUCCGAUAUGUCUGACCCUGAUGUCUGCGGUCAUGUCGUGCGACUGCCCCAACGGGCACGCCACGUGCCGGCCGUGCAUGAUGACGCUGAUGAGCAUCAACCCCACCGCCGACAGCCUGUGCCCGCUGUGCCGGACGUUGAUGAUGCAGUUCGAUGGCCCGACGGCUAUGGUCGUCAAACUGACCGAGGUCACCUCGUUGGUGAAGGUGGCGUGCUUCAACAGGUCACUAGGGUGUCCCGAGCUUUUGUCCGUGAGGUGGGUCAACGAACACGAGGCAGUGUGUCGGUACGUGGCCGACGUGCCGUGCCAGGUGGCAGUGUGCCAGUGGGUCGGCACGUGCGAGCAGCUGUACGAUCACGUGUCCAGUGUGCACCCCGGUGUCGCCGUUGAGUCUUCGACGAAUCGGCUGAAAGUGACCGACCUUCAUGCAAUCCCGAAGAAUCGGCGCCGGACAUACCUAGUCCGGUCGACGUACGGCUUGAUUUGGGUGCUGUUGUCGCGGGCGGUGAGAUCGAGAAUCCAGGUGGGACUUUUUAUGGUGAACAAACCUUUGAGUGGACGACAUCCGACACCGGCACCCGGCCGAAAUCACGCCAACCCGCAGUCACCAGACAUCCUGUACCGGGUCACAUGGUUCGACAACAACGACCGGAGCAAGACUAAGAGCAGGACGAAGGAGAUCAACUGGAGCACGACCCUGAAGGAGGGCUGCCACACAACCUCGCACAAAGCGUACUCCAUGUUCCGGUCCAGGACGGGUAGCAUGGAGAUCAGCUGGUUCCCGUUCCUCCGACACAAUAACUACCGACAAACCAAUCCCUCGACUUAA